GUUGGCUGUCCCUGCCUACAAGCAGGAGGGUCAAAUUCUGCUUUGCCCCUUACUCUGUCUUCCCUAAAGCCUUUCCCAGAUAGCCCCAGCCUGCAAUGACCUCUCCCUUCUCUGAACCGCUGGGCUCAUUGUCGGAAGCUGCAUCACUUGCCUCUGCUGUGGGACCAAACAGCACCCCGGUCCUCACGCUGGGCUCUGUAGAACACCAGGGGCUAGAGUCAGACAUCACGGGUCCUGAGGGGAUAAUGUGAGAGGGGGCACAGGUGGCCCAGAGAGCCCACUCCGGCCAGAUCUCACUCAGUAGGUACCCAAACUAGGUUCAAAUCCCCUUUCAGGCACUUAUUGGCUGGAUGACCCUGAUAAAACUGCUUGACCUUUCUGAACCUCUGUUUCCUCAUCUGCAAAAUGGGUACUAUAGUAAUAGCUACCUCAGGGUAUGAUUCAAUGAAUUCAUGAAGCAAGGUUUUUAGCACAGUCCCUGACCAGAGUUAGCCUUCAAUAUAUGUAAACCAUUGUUACCAAUUAAAUUAUUUUUAUAUGUUUUAAAUAUUGGGUCUGUGGAUAAAUUUCAUUUGGAGGAGAAAGUUUGCUGCUUAAAAAAAGAAAAAGAAGGUUUGAAAGCCGCUGAAUUUCACCUAACCCAUUUCAUAUAUCACUACACGCAGUACAGCUGAGAGGCAUAAGAACUUUCUGUCCUCUGUUUUCAUAGCCCAAGUUGGCCGAGACCUGGUCUCCCAGACGGAGGAGAAGCUCCUGCAGAAGCCAUGCAAAGAACUCUUUUCUGCCUGUGCACACUAGAUCUGUCCACGACUACCUGAGGGGAGAACCAUUCCACGAGUAUCUGGACAGCAUGUAUUUUGACCGCUUUCUCCAGUGGAAGUGGUUGGAAAGGCAACCGGUGACCAAAAACACUUUCAGGCAGUAUCGAGUGCUAGGAAAAGGGGGCUUCGGGGAGGUCUGUGCCUGCCAGGUUCGGGCCACGGGUAAAAUGUAUGCCUGCAAGCGUCUGGAGAAGAAGAGGAUCAAAAAGAGGAAAGGGGAGUCCAUGGCCCUCAACGAGAAGCAGAUUCUCGAGAAGGUCAACAGUCAGUUUGUGGUCAACCUGGCCUAUGCCUACGAGACCAAGGAUGCACUGUGCUUGGUUCUGACCAUCAUGAAUGGGGGCGACCUGAAGUUCCACAUCUACAACAUGGGCAACCCUGGCUUCGAGGAGGAGCGGGCCUUGUUUUACGCGGCAGAGAUCCUCUGCGGCUUGGAAGACCUCCACCGUGAGAACACUGUCUACCGAGAUCUGAAACCUGAAAACAUCCUGUUAGACGAUUAUGGACACAUUAGGAUCUCAGACCUGGGCUUGGCUGUGAAGAUCCCUGAGGGAGACCUGAUCCGUGGCCGGGUGGGCACCGUUGGCUACAUGGCUCCAGAGGUCCUGAACAACCAGAGGUACGGCCUGAGCCCUGACUACUGGGGCCUGGGCUGCCUCAUCUACGAGAUGAUCGAAGGCCAGUCACCGUUCCGCGGCCGCAAGGAGAAGGUGAAGCGGGAGGAGGUGGACCGCCGGGUCCUGGAGACCGAGGAGCUGUACUCCCACAAGUUCUCCGAGGAGGCCAAGUCUAUCUGCAAGAUGCUGCUCACGAAAGAUGCGAAGCAGAGGCUGGGCUGCCAGGAGGAGGGGGCUGCAGAGGUCAAGAGACACCCCUUCUUCAGGAACAUGAACUUCAAGCGCUUAGAAGCCGGGAUGUUGGACCCUCCCUUCAUUCCAGAUCCCCGCGCCGUGUACUGUAAGGACGUGCUGGACAUUGAACAGUUCUCCACUGUGAAGGGCGUCAACCUGGACCACACGGACGACGACUUCUACUCCAAGUUCUCCACGGGCUCUGUGUCCAUCCCGUGGCAAAAUGAGAUGAUCGAAACAGAAUGCUUUAAGGAGCUGAACAUAUUUGGACCUAACGGUACCCUCUCACCAGACCUGAACAGAAGUCACCCUCCGGAACCCCCAAAGAAAGGGCUGCUCCAGAGAAUCUUCAAGCGUCAGCAUCAGAACAAUUCCAAGAGUUCACCCAGCUCCAAGACCAAUUUUAACCACCACAUAAAUUCAAACCACAUCAGCUCGAACUCCACCGGGAGCAGCUAGUUUCCGCUCUGGCCCUGAAGUCCGCAGUGGAACCAGCCCAGACCCCUCUACUUAGAAGCGGAGCGAGUGGAGCUUCUGCUCUGGUGGGGGUGCCAGGGAGCCCCCAGGAACCGGGGAAGGAGGCCGUCCAUCCCGUCGACGUAGAACCUUGAGGUUUCUCAAAGAAAUUUCCACUCAGGUCUGUUUUCCGAGGCGGCCCCGGCCGGGGUGGAUUGGAUUUGUCUUUGGUAAACAUUGCAAUAGAAAUCCAAUUGGAUACGGCAACUUGCACGUAUUUUAAUAGCGUCCUAAUUAGAACUGAAUUUUGUCUUUAUUAUUUUUAAAGAAAAGUUUUGUAAAUUUCUCUACUGUCUCCGUUUACAUUUUGUAUAUUUGUAUUUAAAUGAAAGUCAGACUUUGAGGGUGUAUAUUUUCUGUGCAGCCACUGUUAAGCCAUGUGUUUCAAGACGUUUUAGCAGGGAGGGGUUUACCAAAAAAAAAAAAAAAAAAAAAAAA